AGAGCAAGUUUCUCGCUGAGCUCUCAUGAAAAGAUCCUCGGUCUCCUGUGGAUUUAGAAUCUUGGAGCGACCCACCAUCCCAGCGCAAGAGCCAAAGAUGUUUGUCUUGCUCUAUGUCACAAGUUUUGCCAUUUGUGCAAGUGGACAACCUCGAGGUAACCAGUUCAAAGGAGACAGCUACUCCCCGAGAUAUAUCUGUAGCAUCCCUGGCUUACCCGGGCCUCCGGGCCCCCCUGGAGCGAGCGGUUCCCCGGGGCCCCACGGUCGGAUCGGCCUUCCAGGACGAGACGGGAGAGAUGGCAGGAAAGGCGAGAAAGGCGAGAAGGGGGCUGCAGGCUUGAAAGGUAAGACUGGACCACUGGGCCUUGCUGGAGAGAAAGGGGACCGAGGAGAAACUGGAAAGAAAGGACCCAUGGGACCAGAGGGAGAGAAAGGAGAAGUUGGUCCAGCUGGGCCUCCUGGACAGAAGGGAGACAGAGGAGAACAAGGAGACCCAGGGCUGCCUGGAGUUUGUAGAUGUGGAAGCAUCGUGCUCAAAUCUGCCUUUUCUGUUGGCAUCACAACCAGCUACCCAGAAGAAAGGCUACCGAUUAUAUUCAACAAGGUCCUCUUCAAUGAGGGAGAGCACUACAACCCUGCCACGGGGAAGUUCAUCUGCGCCUUCCCAGGGAUCUAUUACUUUUCUUAUGAUAUCACAUUGGCAAACAAGCACCUGGCGAUCGGGCUGGUACACAAUGGGCAGUACCGGAUAAAGACCUUCGACGCCAACACAGGGAACCACGACGUGGCUUCUGGGUCCACGGUCAUCUAUCUACAGCCAGAAGAUGAAGUCUGGCUGGAGAUCUUUUUCACUGACCAGAACGGCCUCUUCUCGGACCCAGGCUGGGCGGACAGCUUGUUCUCCGGGUUUCUCCUGUACGUUGACACAGAUUAUCUGGAUUCCAUAUCAGAAGACGACGAGCUGUGACCAGGACAGCUGACCAGCAUGUGCCAAAACCCUUUGGGAGACUCUUUGAUUUAAUCUGGGGGCCCUGGAAGGUGGAACACACAGAAACAAGAUCCAAAGACACUACCACUCAGAUGCCAGAGUAUUUACAAGCAGUUCUAGCAACAUCGAUUAAAACAAGAUGAGACAGCAAACUGUUGAAACCACACCAAGGUGAAUUAUAUAAAACAAUAACCCCAGAUAUGAAUUCUCUUGAAAGCAGUGUUCAUAAAUAUUUAAACAAAGUCAAGACAACGUUAACAAUUUUUUUUAUUAAAUUCCCUGAGUGAUAAAACUAGCCAGCAAUGAUAUUGUCUCAUUAAAUCUUUAUGAAAUUACA